GGCUGCAGCUUGUGAUGGAGGACGGGAGGCUGCAGGUGUGUGUGGUGAGUGCUGUCACAUUGGAGACUCAGUACCGCAGUGUGAAUGUGUUUACGAACAGGCCGGAUGGUGCCGAAAGAACUGAGCGCUGCAGGAUUGAAAGGGCGGAAAAAGUGAGUUUGAUUGCGGCACUUGUUCGUGGUGAUUUAUUUUUUAUUUUUUUCUCAGCCUGACUCAGAUGGAUGUACAGCUGUCAGAUGAUGCUGAGAGGAUGGGCGUCGUUGCAUAAGUCAGGAGAUGUCAGAUAAAYGUUUUCUUUCUGUGCGCAUUUUCUUUUCUGGGCUACUACUGCUGCCAUGGUUUCUGUGUAAUGCAGACAUUUCAUGCAGCCUUCUGAAGAGGCUCCUGCAGGAGAGAAACUGGUGCUAUUUAUAGUUAAAGUGAGGGGGUGCUGAGGAUUGCUGUGUCAGAUUCUCUCUCUCCUUUUGUUCACCACCCCCUCCCCACACACACACACACACGCUGUGUUUUGUUGUGUGUUCAUAAAGUUAACAGAAAGCUUACACCUGCAUCAGAGCUUAAUUUAUUUUAUCACAUGCAAGAGAGCUUUCAAACCUCCUCCUUGUGCUCAGACUCUUUAAUGUGAUUAAUGUUCAUCUGUGCUGGCAGGAAAUGAGUGUACACAGAGUUCACCACCUUACCUGUUGGCCUUCUGACUCCAGGUUGAGGUUACUAAUACGGCAAAACACUAUAAACAACCUAACAGCUUUAUUUCUUAUCAGUGCACUUUUUGGUAGGAAGUGGUUUCCGAAAAGGGUGCAACGAUGUGCAUGUGAAUGCAACAUUUUGCAAAUGUCCUUUACAAUAUUCCUUUACAAUGGCAGGGUUGGCYCGUGGCAUAGGCAGUAUAGGCAAGUGCUAAGGGCACUGCCCAGCUAGGGGGCGCCACAAAUGGGGGGGCAAAAAUAAACAUUUUAUAACAUUUCAUAUAGUAUAGUAUGUAUAGCUGAUUUAGUCUGUAGAAUAAUCACUGGUUUCUCAGGUUUAUGAAGGUAACUUAACUAUGGUGCUCAGUGUGURGAAACAGAAAGCAAAAUAAGGGUAAUGGAAAUAUCGGUUAUAUCAGAUAAAAUUCAGGUUAAAAUCUGUUUUUCAGUGAACAAAAACACACUGAGUCAAAAUACUGAUUUUAUGUUGUGUUGUUAAUCCCAAGAAAUUUGUAAAAUGCUCUUCAAAYGGCUGAAAAGGCCAUCGUUUUGAGUAGAUCUUUUACAAAACGUUUCUGUGCGAGUAAAACCCUGGACACCCCUAAAACUGCUUCACUCCACAGCUGCUGGUUAACAUGAUGCUCCUCAUUGUGGUCAGCGGAUUUUGCCAGGUAUGAGGAAGACUUCUGGCAUUCUGUGACUGUGGAAUGACCCCCUUUUAACAGGAAGAGACCUCCAGCAGAACCAGGCUCAGGAUUGUCUGUAAUCAUUGAGCCACUGCUACAGGUGGAUGCUGAUCUAUGGGUCAUUGUAGUUGUGGAUGUCUCUUUCUCCUUCUCUUUAUGYUUAUAGCAUCUGUUGAUGUUUUUACAGGCACUGAGACGAGACAGGGAUGCAGACGUCCUUGCUCCUCCAGGUCCUCCUCCUCCUGACUGGGACCUGUCUCCGUCUCUCUGGAGCCCCCACCCAUCUCCCGAACUUCCACCACAUGCAGGACGACUCGUGUGAAGGCCACUGUCCCAGCCUGGUCACAACAGCUGUGCUAGCUCACACCACAGAGUCUGUCCUCCUGGAUAAAGAACACGUUACUGGCUCUGUGCUGAAUGUCGGUGCAGGAGGAGGUGGAGGAGGAGGGGGGACCGGUCCACRUGGAGGACCCGAGGGGAUAGAUUCAGUGAUGCAGACAGAAAAUGGGGACAGUCUUCAUGGAAGAUUUAGACCAAGUGAGGCUGGUAGAGAGACACAGAGCCAGAGGAGGGAGGGACAGCAGAUCGACAGCAUCGAGGAGGAGGAAGAUGUAAAGAGGAAAAACAAGAAACUGAUCGAUGAUGAGAGUUUCAGUCCUGUAGGAGGGAGAGACCAGAUGGACACUGAAAGGAGGACAAAACUGUCUUUCUCUGAUUCUGAUCAAUACACCCCUCUUUGGACCCAAAAACUGCCCUCUUCCAGUCCCAUCCCUUCCUUAAUGUUUGUCACUCCUCAGACUUCAACCCCUCUGACAGUGUGGAGACGUGAUGGAGCCACAGUUUCCUCCCCUUCAGAGCCCAUUUUACCUGAGAUCGGACCCAACCUGAUGAGCAGAGACGAGGACCUGGACAGUCUGUGGACGGAGGCAGUGAGACCAGCUGGAGACACAGUUGAUGACGCCACAGAGGCCACCAUGUCAUCCGAGGCUCUUCCUCUCAUCUUUGAGCCUAUUGAAGACGUCACGGCGAAGGGACAGGCGKCGGAGGCCAUUGCCCGGGUACCGGUCGGCGCGCAGUCUCCCGUUACCACGGCAACCAGACGUCUGGGCCAGCUGGUCGCCGUGGAGGACGAYGGCGACGGUCCCUCCCGAGGCCCGUCUGCCCUUUUACCGGACUGGACUUCGCCCUGGCAGACGUCAGGCUCCGAGCUCCUGGAGCCGAUGGGCUCCUCGGGUCCACCUGCUUCACAGCGAAGGGUCCAAACAGAACCGGGGAAAGCUGCUGCGAGGACAUCAAACUUCGAAGAGAACGUGCCCUCGGCUGGCCCCUCCCUCUCAUCCCUACAGCACGCCAUGACAACAGUAACCUUGGCAACCCAUCAGCUCCUGCACAAAUCUAGAUUAGGGCUGGAGGAGAUGGAUUCUGACGAGGAGCCAGAUGAGGAAGAGGAUGAUGAGAACUCUGAGGAGUCGGUGGAAGAAGAGAGUGAGGAAGAGCUGACAGAAACACCCAAAGCGUCCGCCACGCAGCCGCCGUACAGCCUCAUCCCUCCGCCGCCAGUCUGGGUACAACGCAACCAGGGACUGAUGCGGAGCUGGCUGGAGCUGAUCAGAGAAAAGGCUGGUUACGUGUCUGGGAUGUUGGCUCCCGUGGGCAUCGGCAUCACGGGGGCCCUGCUGAUCGUGGGCGCCCUCUACAGCAUCCGAAUGAUCCACCGCAAACGGAGGAACAGUUUUAAACGCCAGCGGAGGAAGGCAAGACAGCCGGAGCAACCUCGAGAGCCUGGCACCAGCUGUCAGGAUCAGACCAUGCUGCUGGCCGACAGCUCCGAGGACGAGUUCUGAGGUCAGGUUUUGUCGGCCGACCUCGGCGGAGGAAUGUUUGGCAAAGAAAAAUAAAAACAAAACAUUUCCAUGACCGCA